GAAUUGAACAGCUGAGCCCGGCAUUCGCCCUGUUGGGCCUAAAACAGCGUGUGUGGGUGCCUUGGCGACUUACUUUUUUAAGGGCUGCCCGGGCACCGCGCACCGAAGGGCUACCGCUGGGAUCCAGGCAGUUUGAGUGCCCAACCAAUUAAAGCACCGCUUAGAUUGCGGGCGGAGGACCAGCCUCGGGUGCCCGACCAAUUGAAACAACACCAGAAGCACCGACGCGAUGCUCUUCCAGGGCGCCGGCCCGGACAUCACGCCGUCGGCGCGGCGGCGCAGCGGCGGCUCCGGCGGUAGGCUCUGGGACCUCCUGAGGCGCAACGCCAAUUCGGCCAAAGACGCAAUGGAGCUCGCGCCCGGCGACACCGUCGACGUGCCCUUCGAUGCUGUUGAUGACGCUCUACGACUGCAGUUCGCCUUCGGCAAGGGGUUAUGUGUCGUGACGCAAGCGUUCGGUGCCAAGCUCCUCCCCACUGAUGAACUGAGGAAGAUCAACGGCAUUCACGCAAAAGAAGACGCCUCGACCCUACGCAAUUCUUUGAGGAGGCAGAGCGCUCCCAUCCUUCUGACAUUUGCGAGGCGGAAGGGGCGCCAGUUACUCACGCAAAUUUCUGAAGACGCCUUCACGACGCAAAGCAGCGCGUCCUGCGGCUGGUUCGAGAGAAGAGCGAGGAACGAUGCGGAUGCCGAGACACUACUAAGGUGCGCUUCAGCAGUCUGCGCGUCCUUCGCGGACGCCGCGGGCCUAUCGCCAACCACAGCUCUCAAGAUGACUAGGGGUGGCUCUGUCCAGGAGCGCACGUCGAAAAAGUGGGCCAAAGCCUACGCCUAUUGUUCUGUGGAUCUAAAGCAUCUCUGCGUGGCCAAGGACAAAGCAUCAACGUCCGCGAAAUGCGUUUCUUUGAAACGAGUGCUGAACGUCGGCAUGGCGAGCGAUCUGGGCGACGGGUCGAUCGGGUGUCGCGUGGUGGUUACGACGGACUCUGGAAGGAUAACUCUGGAACUCAAGGCCUCGAAUUCCGAACGGUGGGGCACGUGGUGGGUGGAUGGUCUUGCGAAGUGCGUCCAGGCGGCUCGAAAAACACCCGUGGCACAACGGGACGACUCGUCGGAUGACGAGCGCCAGUCCGUGCGGUCGUACGCCGAGAGCUUCGUGAAGGAUGUUUUUGAGGAGCCCUCCGUGCCGCGGGCCCGGUCGCGGUCGCCCGCGCCGCUCGCGCCGACGGCCGACGACGCAGCGCCGCUCGACGACGCCGCGUUGGCCGACAAGAUCGUCGUGAACCACAUCGCCGCGAAGCUGGAAGCUAAACGAAGGAAGCACGUCCUCAAAAGAGGUGUGUUGCAACAGAAGAUGCCGUCGACGCUCGGCCGAUCCUCCUACAAGAAGCGGUUCUUCGAGCUCGAUGAGAAGAAAUUGACAGGUUUCGUCGACGAGGCGGAUUCGCAAAGGCCGGACGCGCACGCGACGUGCACCUGGCCUUUACUGGACUUCGUGGGCGCGACACCCUCACAAAAUAAUGAGAUCGACCUCGCGGCGGCGACGCAGGGCGGUUCUGACAAAACCUUGAGGUGCGAGUCUUCGGAAGAGCGGGACGCCUGGGUCGGUAUCAUAGACGGAGCUAUUAGAACAGCGCGCGGCGCGUCGCCUUCAUCAUUAGCGUCGUCGUCGGUGCGGUCGUUAGAUGCCGUGCCGGGCCACGUCGCGCACGAGAACAUUGACGACGUCUUCGCGACCGCCCUCCGCGAAUCUGAGGAGCGCUCUCCCUCACUACACGACCGCCUCGACGACCUCGAGGGCGCGCUCGCGGAGCGACCGGACGAGGCCAAGGUCCCGGACGAGCCGCCGCCCUUCCUGGCGCCGUCGCCGUCCUUCGAGGCGCUCGAGCCGCUCUCACCGACGGACGCCUUCCUCGCGGGAGAGGGCUCGUCGUCCUCCGACGAGCGACCGGCGUCGCCGACCGAGGCGUUGCCGGCGGACCCUGACCGGUCGCCGUCGCCGGCAGAGGCCUGCGACGACGACGAGCGGCUUCUGUUAGAUCCAAGAAGCCCGAGGCCCGACCGGUCGCCGGCCUUUGCGGCCGCGCCCGCGCCGUUCUUCGAGGAACCGCCAUCUCCACCACCACCACCGGCAGACACCCCCCAAACGCCGGGCGGCUGGCUCUUGGAAAGAGCGGCCGACGGGCGCGCCUGGCGGCGGCGCCACUUUGUGCUGGAGGGAAGCAUUCUGAGGGCGCGCGAGAAAAAGGACGGCGCGGACGUCUCGAAGGUCGACGUCUCGUCCUACUUGCGGGUCGAGGCCGUCGCGGCGACGGAUACGAACGGCGUGGCCUUCGAGUUCGAGCUCGUGGGCGUUCCUGGUACGCUCGUCGGGCGCCGGUUCCGCGCGGCGACGUGGAACGGCCGCGACGCCUGGCUGAAGCGAUUAAGGGCGGCCGCGGCGCUGUCGCCACGUUCAUCAAAGGCGAGUCCCCCGGCGCCGGCCUCGCCGAAGCGGCCCUCGGCCGACGAGCCCGACGACGCGACGGCCGCGGCUUUGCGGCCGGGGCCGGCGCCGCGGACGCCGUCGCGCGCCGACGUCGAGAACUCGCUGCGGCCGUCGCCGUCGCCCCGCGCGUCUUCGAUUCCUUCUUUGGGCCGGCAGGCCUGGCAGCGGUCCGUCGCCUUAGCGGCCGAGUCCUCCGACGAGGACAUGCGCGAGCGGCGGCGCGAGCGCGCGUCCUUCGCGUCGUCGCGGUCGCCGCGGUCGCCGGCCGCGGCGGUGUCGCCCGUGGCCGCCGCAGUGUCGCCGGCGUCUGCGGUGCGGACGCUGUCCACGGCGUCGCCGGCGAGUCCUCCGGCGGCCGCGUCGCCGCCGGCCUCGCGGAGGCCGUCCGCCUCGUCUCCAUCGGCCUCACGACGGCCGUCUGCCGCGUCGCCGCCGGCCUCACGGAGGCCGUCCGCCUCGUCGCCGCCGGCCUCGCGGAGGCCGUCCGCCUCGUCGCCGGCCGCGCGCUCGCCGUCGCCCGCGAGCCCGCCGCCGCCGCCGGCCGGGAGCCCGCCGUCAUCCGACAGCGACAUGCGCGAGCGGCGGCGCGAGCGCGCCGCGUCGGCCGAGCGGUCCGCGGCGUCGUCGGCCGCGGCGUCACCGCUGAUCGCGCGCCCCCCGUCGCCGGCGGCGCCGUCGCCGGCCGCGUCGUCGUCGCCGUCCCCGGCGCGCGCGGCGGCGAAACAGGCGGCGCGGGACCGGGCGCCGUGGCCCGAGUCACAGCCGCCGUCGCCCGCGGACGUGCCCGCCGCCGCGCCCACGCCCGCGCCGGUGCCCGAGCCCGUGCCUGCGACGCCACAAGCGGCGCCGGCGCCGGCGCCGCUCGUGUCGCCCGCCUCGCGGCGCUCUCACGUUACGCCGGCCGCGCAGCGGACCGUCGACCUCGACGCCGCCGCCGCCCCGACGCCGGCGGCGGCGGCGCCCGCACCGACGCGGCGCUGCGCCGGCCUGCUCUAUACAAAAGCGGCGCGUGGCGACGAGCCCGGCACGGAGACGUGGCGCCUGCGCUGGCACGCCUUCGACGGAAACGUGCUGCGGUGGCGCGACCCCGAGGCGACGGAGUGGCUCGGGGCCAUCCGGCUUGGGCCAAACGCGCGCUGCCGCCGCGGCGCCUCGCGCGACGACGGCUACGUGGCCCUGGACGUGGUUUGUGAUGAUUGGGCUGCGACGUUAUUAGCGCCGUCGCGCGACGAGCGGCGCCGCUGGCUCGCGGCGCUCGACCCCCGGCCCGUCCCUGCGCGACCGACGCCCCGGAAGCUCGUCCUCAAGUCGCCGCGCGUGCGCCGGCCUCCCGAUUCGCCUCCAUCAACACCCUCGCCGUCGACCACGGACUUCGAGGCGCUGCUGCCGCUGACACAUCGCGAGCGGUCGCGCGCCGCCGCGGUCGCGCGAGCCGUGGACGCGUACCUCGAGACGCGGAGCGGCCGCGCCCGGAAGGUUGUGGUUGAGGCUGCUAAACGGUCGGCGCCGCUCGCGGACGAGGUCUACUGUCGGCUGCUCCUCGUUUGUACUGAUCAAGCUUGGGAGCUCCUCGGCGCCGUCGCGGACUGUAGGGCGCCCUCGGACGCGGCGCUGUGCGGCGUCGUGCGCGAGGCGGCGGUCGGUGCUCGUGUUGACUCCGUCGUGGGGGCGAUGGAUGCGGCUUUGUCUUCGGCGUAA